AUGAAUCUUCUAACAGUUAACUCUAGACUCGAUAUGGAAAUCUACCGUGCGAUGAGGCUGGUUUUUCCAGAUCCCAUGGUUCUGCUCAUUUCAAUCGCUGCUCUAGUUUACCUUUCACGAAGAAGAAUACGACAUCAUGUCUGUGAUCGUCACUCUGACGAGGAGGCCACACAUUCUAGUCCUGAAAACACUGACACCGGAGAAACAUCAACCGGUUUUCUGCGCUCUGCGGAAGUUCCCAGGAUUCCUGCAAAAAGGCCCGUCCCUACUGCUUCAUUACCAAACAUCUGGAUGCUCAACCUCCUCACCGUGGUUUUAGUAGCUGCUGCGGGUGUUAUCGUCCCCUCCCUCCUGUCUGCCUUCUAUCUGCUCAGCUUUUAUGUAACAUGCACAUACUGGUCCUCUUGUAAGACUGUAUACAAUCGUAAACUCGCCUGGACUCGGAUUGUUCUCCUCAUCUACAGCGCUCUCCACCUCUGCCUCUUCUACCUCUACCAGUUUGAAUAUGCCCAAAGCAUUCUCAAAGACGGAUCUUUUACGGCUAGGUGUGUAUUUCGACUCCCCUUAAUUUUACAAUUUAGAUUACUUGGGCUAAAUUAUCUAGUCCGUGUGGAUUGUGCGCGACCGGGAGAGGUGAUAUUUCCCUCUGACAAACCACUAUUUGUUUUCUUUGCCCCUAUUGCAACGCUCUUUGUGUAUUUGGUGGUUGCGGCUGAGAUUAUAACCAAUAACGACACCGAUUUGCACGGCAGCAUGACCAAAUGGCGUAGGCAACCCACAGAUGAGUUGAAUCAGCAGUACCCGUCAGCGAGUCUGAAUGAGCCACUGCUCCAAAACACCAAUCAGAACUCUGGCCCAGAUGCUAUGGCUGGUCCAUUGUCACAGGUUGAUCAUUCCAUUGUGGAUCAGACCCUCAUUGAUUUGGAUGAUCCGCCUACCACUGAAACCGUUGUUCUAGUACAAGCUGAUGAACCAGAAAUAAAGCAGAUCUCACGGCCGCAAACAGUGAAUGCGACUAAUAACGAUGGGGGAGGGCGUUUACUAAAGUCAGGAGGGCCCACUGACCGUUCUCAACCCGUCUAUGAUGUCUUUCCCUUCAUGAUAGCUGCUCGAUUUCGCCAUAUCGGUGGCGAUAUUACUCUUGACGAAAAUGCCAACUUUUUCUCACCUCUUACUCAGCGUCCACUUCUCCUCAGCUUUCUCAAUUCGGCUAUUCGAAAUAGCUAUAUUCUCACCUUUAUCGCUAUGAUGGCCUGGAGCGUAGUCUUACGCAGCUGGUUAUCCUUCAUCCUCCUCCUCUCCGCAUGCGUCUUAUGGAUCUUACCUAACUCGCGGCUGGCCUGUCUCUAUUGCAGCCCUCUGAUUGUUGCUUACGGAAUGUGCAUAAUUUUGCUACAGUAUAUCUACUGCUUCGAUCUCACGGAGAGUGAACUGCCGACUUACCUGCCAGAUAAGAAUUUGAAUCUAACCGAGAUAGGACUUCAUCGCUGGCCUAUUCCUGUGUGGCCUCUGUCUCUUCAAUUGAUGUUCCUGGUCUUCUUCUGGCUGAACCUGCGCCUCUUUGUGUUGGAGCGCUCGUCGUCCCCUUCAUCUUCGGCUCGCCACUCCUUCGUUGCGCGUUCGGUGAUCCACACUGCCACCACCAGCGCAGCAACCACUGCAACAGUAGCUGGCGGCGCUACUGGAGUGGAAAGGAGUGAAGAGUGGAAACAAGGUGGAAGCGGAGGAGGGGCAUUAGACAAUACUACGGCUGUUGCUGCUGCUGCUACCGCUUCCAGUCAGUAUGAAAGCAUUGCGGUGGUUGACAAUUUACAAUAUCGCAAGUUUAGUGAGUCUUUUACCCCGUUACCUCGUUUACACCCCUACUGCGCUUUUAUUCAGAAAGUGUCGGAAAAUGUGGGUACUGUAGCCUCUAUCACCUCCAUUUCAUAA